AUGUGGCACAUUUCCUGUGCUCAGGAUUAUCACGAAUAUGAUUUCGUAUCUGAUGAAAAUGGCUAUGUUGUUGAAGUGCCAUUAGAGAAUGUCCAGGAUAAUUUGGAGGUCACAACUCAGGAACCGGUGGAUAUUGCUUCCCGUAACUUGGAAUUUUUAGAGCUCGAACCAGUACAGACUGCUGUGAAUAACUCGGCAUUUGAUGCCGUGGAUGCUGUUCAUAACAGUUCCGACCUUUGGUCACAAGAACCAGUGGUAUGUGUGAAGAAUCAUGAGGGAGGUUCUGUUCAGGGACCAACUUGGAUUUCACAAAGCAGUGGAACUUCUAUGGAACAAAGGAACAACAAAAGUGCUAGAAGUGAAAAUACUCAUUCAUAUAAUGGAGCAGCCGACAAGAGAAAUGGUUUAAGUUUCUUCGCCCUAGCACAAGCAUCAAGGGAGGAUAACAAUUUCUGUGGAAGCAUGGGGAUCUCACUGAGGAAAUUUGAAGAUAAUGAAACAGUCCAUGAAGAAAAAAACAAUAAGAGAAGAAUGAGUUUCAACUUUAGCAAUGCUAUACAGACUGGGUAUAACAACUACAAUGAAGAUAAUGAAGAGUCGCCAAGACCAAUGGCAAAUUAUCCCAGUAAUUAUGACAUAUACAGUAGUGAGGAUUUACCCCAUUUUCCACAGAACAAGAGAAAUGCGUAUAUUGUGGACCCAAGAGAAAACCACAGCAGUGACAACAUUUUCGAGAGCAAGUCCACACAGAUGCAGCAUAUGUAUAAGAGCAGUGCGGGGACAUGGAAAAAUCGUAAAAGUGAAGACGCAUUUUUCAAGGGCGAGGUCCACGAGAAGGGGAACCAACAUUUGUUCUAUUCUGUGAAUCCCAUUAAGAACGACAACUCUCAUGAGAGAAGCAUAGCUGAUAAUUCAUGCAACCCGUUAGGACCUAACCAGGGCAACUUUAGCAGUGGCAACUUCACCAGUGGUAACGUCAACAGUGGCAACAUCAAAAGUAGGAACUUAAGCAGUGGUAUCUUCAGCAAUGACAAUUUGUUCAAUAACCGACACCCAAGGAUUGGUCUCCACAGCACUAUAAACAACUUGUCACCACGAACCUCUUCUAGCCAGAGUGAUAAUAACACCGACAAGAUUGACGAAGCAUCACACCAUUCAUAUUUUAACAAGGGUAAUCUUAACAAUGGCAAUCCGUUUUAUAACAUAGACCAAGUAAAAAGUCUCCCGAGGAACAUGAACGAUUUGCCAUUAUCAGCAGAGGUUAUCCAGGACGAACACCACACCGAUGAUGCACCACAUCAUUCAAAAUCCAACAAGAGUGUACUUCAACACUGGGAAGUUCCUAUGGACGAUAUGUUUAAAUACAGACAACAGGAAAAUCACCACCGAAGAAGCAUAAGAAGCUGUUCAUCAUCGAGAAGAAUGACCAAUAUCACCAAUAGCAGCCGCAUAAGAGAGGUGAAUAAUAUAAACACGGAAAAUAUCCAUGAGAGACAUGACACCGCUGAGUCCCCAUUCAAAAAUGACAAAGAAAAUCAGGCAGAAGAAAAGGCAAUAAAGGGUAUAUCAGAAAGAGAGCUUGUGACAGGAGUUGUGGAAAGGAAAGCAAGAAAGGCACAGACAGCACUAUUGGCAAGAGAGGCUGUUGCGACCACUGAGGCAAAGAAGAGAAAAAAAGAAAACGCAGAUUUAUUCACAGGAGGAUAUGCAGAAGUACACAAGGCAAAAAAGGCAAGGAAGGCGAAGACUCCUACAUUGACAAGAGAAGCCGUGGCAUCCAAAGAUGCUAUGGCAGUAAUAGCGGCUGAAUUCGCAGAUAUCAGGCAAGGAAAGAUAGUAGGCUCCAAAAAAAGAAAAAAAACAGCCAUAUGA